AAAACUUUGGCUAGUCUCAGCUCAGCUACGUCCCACAAAAUGGCAGCCGCCAUGGAGGAAUUCGAACAUCAAUUUGCUGCAGUUUCUGCAGAAAUUACAUCAAAAAUCAACAAAAUUCCAAUUCUCAGUGGAAAUGACAAGAAACAAUUGGCAAGUUCAGCUGAAAAGCAGGUUGAUGAGGCUCACGAAUUGCUGGAGCAGAUGAACAUUGAAAUUCGCAACAUUCCGUCCGCAGAACGCCAAAAGUUCACCACCAGGUUAAAAAGCUACCAGACUGAGCUGAAUCGGCUAGAAAAAGAUCUUAGACGAUCCAAGGUUUCAUCAAGAGAUGAUGGAGCAAGGGAAGAACUGCUUGGUCUGGAUGAUUAUCGCAAUUCAGAAGAUCAGAAAACAAGACUACUAGACAACACAGAGAGACUAGACCGGACAUCAAGAAAAUUAGAUGCUGGCUACAGAAUGACAAUAGAGACGGAGCAACUUGGGCAAGAUAUCGUGGAUAACUUGCAUAGAGACAGAGAAAAAAUUGACAGAUCAAGAAAUAGAUUACGGGACAUGGACUCCAACGUCGGCCAAAGCUCACGAGUACUCAGUGCAAUGAUGCGUAGGAUCCUUCAAAAUCGACUAAUCAUGCUGUUCCUAGGCCUGAUCAUCUUAAGCGUCAUUAUCCUGGCAAUCUACUUCAUCGCAAAGAAAUGAUAACGGCUUUUCCUAGGUUACCCUGCUCAUUCCUGCCUUUGAGAAGCAAACGGAGACCUACAAGGAACGUCGAGGGGGGUAGACGUGGCGGCCAAGGUUUGCAUUCCAAUCCACCCCUAGGUAGCCAGUUGGUAGUAUUGUGCAUUAAACUGUUUUAGAAUCAGAACUCUUGAGUGCUAAGUGCUUAACAGCGUUUGCAUUACGAGAUAACAAAAGGCUCCGCACUUCAGCUGCUCAUUAUACGACACAGCCAGAAACUGAGAUCUAGACUCUGCUUGAGGCUUUAGGAAUUGGAGUCAAGUGCCAAAUCAAAGUCUGUGUUUGCAGACUAGGUUUGGGGUUAGGGUUGCACUUGGUAAGAGAGGUUUAGGUUUAGGGUUAGGUUUUGUGUUUGGUCCAGGGUUGAAGUUGAUAAUUUAGUUAGUCUAGGAUAUCUAGUUAUUGACCAUAGAGUACUGCAACUGUCGUACAACCCAAAAUAUAUGUGAAAUGGUAAUUACUGGAAAUGUUCAUGUUUUGUGUCCGUCUAGGUGGGAUGUGUAAAUACAGAAGGGUAUGAGAAUAUUUAUUUGACAGCAUUAUAAAGGUUAAAGGCCAAUUAAAUCUAUGUAAUAACUUCAUUGGUAUGGAAGCAGAAAAGUAAGAGAAACAGAAAGGCGAAAGUUUGAAAUAUAUCAAGCCAAUAAUAAGGGAUUUAUGAAUGUUUGAAAAAUGAGAUCAUUAAAUCCAUGCCAAUCUAAAAUUAGCAAUAUGGUCAGUGGAUUGUUACGUAGACAUUGGAUAGCUCUCCCAUUUGUUCUGUACAAAAAAAAAUUAUCAUUAAUUUCUCUUUUUCUUUUAAGUACCUUCUCCCUUUGGGCACUACUCAAAAACAUUUAUGGGUAGCACAUUAUUAUAGGUCCUCUCAAAAACAAAAAGGCCAUCCAGUUCCUGAAUAAAUUUUGAUUGUUUACGUGUGUUGAAAUAAAUGGGAAAGUAGUCUGGCACUUUAUUACAGUGACAUAACUGAAGUGCUCAUACGUGUAGUGAUUACAACUUUCGAAAAAUUCAUAACUUUCUUAUCUUUUGUCAGAUUUAAUUCAAACUUUCACCAGUCUGUUUCUUUGACCUUUUUUGCUUUUUUGUUAGAGUAAAUGUCUGUUAAGGUUGGAUUUCCAUAAAACAGUUAGUUCAACUUUGAUAUAAAUGUCUUCUUUAAAAAAAAUGGAAAAUUAAAAAAAAAAAGGAUGUAUAGCAGGAGGUUUAAAGAACAAAUUAUACUAUAACACCUUUUCACUAGGAAAACACUCACAAAUUGCCAAAACUCAAUCUCUGUAAUUGAUGUAAUGAAAUUUCUGCGAGGCAGAAAUAAGCAAGAGCUAUUAAAUUGAAUAUGUGAAUACCUUUGUUGUAUGCAGUUGCAUUCAUUUUCAUCAAAAAAACACAGCUGCGUUGUUUUAUUUUGCGGCAGUUUACUGUAUCGACCCUUAGUCGCAUUUGAGAAGAUGAAUGUUUACAUAUGUACAGAUAUUUAUUAUGGCUACCAGCCAUGUAAUGAAACGUCCUUUCUUCUGUCUUAGACAUAUAUUGUAUCAUCUGUUGAGAGCCAGAAGGGAGUUAACUGUCUCUAAAGGUACAUGACUUGACACCCUAUAAUAAGCUUUGAGUGGAUGUUAUGUAUAUAGCCAAUGUUAUUGUGCUAAGUCUGUAGGUCAUCUGCAAUCUUGCAUGUAUACGUUUUGUUUAUUUUUAUCGAGUUUUUGUUUGACACAGCAAUGACUGAAUGUGUAAUGCAAUAGCCAAGUUUGUAAAGUAAUGUGCAUAGUAUGAAUGCUUGUAUUGAAUCCUUAUGGAUCUGUUGGAAUAACUAUUAUUUUCACCAGGAAGAAAGGUCCUGUUUAGCAUUUCUCACUAAAAUGCAAUUAUUAUUGAGUCACAGUGUUAGCCUAGAAUAUUGUUUUUACUUUCACUGAAUCUUUUGUUUGCCCUCAAAUUUUCGAAACAGUAUAUCCAGUUCAUGUUAUAUGCUUGCUAAAUGCAUUGGUCAUUGUAUAUUCAUGUUAUAAUUAAUUUGGCAUGAGGCGUAACAUUAUGAAGAAACAAUAGAUUGUUUAUUCCUCAAGGAUGUAAUAUUAGUUGUACUCAAUACAGUUUUCAAAGGCAUUAAAACUUGUAUAUCAAUGAGGAGAGUUAAAUCUACAAUGCACUGGGCUUAAGAAUUUAGAUUUUUGUUCUGCAAGAUGCAAAACUUUGCAAUCUGCAGAAUAUAGUAUUAUAGGCCCACUGUAUUCGUCCUCCGGCACUUCUUUUCUAGUCUUCACAUUUGUCCUUUCCUUAUCUUCUUUGAUGAAAAAAAAAAGAAAUCUAAGUUUAAUCCACAAAUACCCCCACAUGUAACAUUUUUCUUAGAUAAGUGAUUUUAUUAUUGUAUAUAGUUUGUAUGUAAUGUAAGGUUAUUCAAUGUGUAUAUUGUGUAUAUUUGUCACAUAUAGAAGAGUAUAUAUAUUAUGAAAAUAAUGGUGAAUACGAAAGGAAAAAA